AUGGCAAUGCAACAAAAUCAAAAUAUGCUUAUCGUCAGGCCUCUCAGAGCCAAAAUUGAAGAUGAUUUCAAUAAGAAAAGCCUCAAUCCUUAUUGUUUAUUGAGAAUCGGAAACCAAGUGAAGUAUACAGAUGUGUGCUUUAAAGGUGGGUUAAAUCCUUUUUGGGAUAAUAUCAUUCGCUUUGAUCUUUCUGGCCAAGAUGAAAAUUUCAACAUAAGCAUCUGGCAUAAAGGUAGGCUUGUCCCUGACUUUGAAAUGUGCAGCAGCCAAAUUCCUCUUAGCAGAAUAACAGCAAGCAAAACAUUUGACGACUGGAUUGAGCUUCACUAUGAGGGCAGAAAAAUCGGGGUUAUCAGACUUUUUAUAACUUAUAAUCUUACUAAGACUCAACAUGAAUCACAAUCUCAAGAAGGUCUUGUAUCAAUUAAUCUGAGUCCAGGAGCAAGUGAAGAAAUCAGAUACACUGAUAAAGGGUAUGUCCGUGUCAAGAGAAGAGAAGAUGAAUACACAAAAGAGUACCUAAAAGAGGUUAGUGAGCCUGGCUUCUGGGGACAUUUUUACUCUGGAGUCACAGUGAUUCCUUUUGGAGAAAGAGAAAUUAGGAAAUCUGGAGAAAAGGAGCAAGAGCAAUCUUCUAUGAAAAAAGAGCAGACAGCUGAGAAAAAGGAUAUCCGUCAGCAAUCUCAAGCUCCUCAGCAAUCAAGCCCAGCCCAUUAA